AUGGAGGCGGUAUCAUCGCCGCCCACCAUCUCUGGAAGAGCACGAAGAUGCCUCAUCUCCUUCAGGGAAUGUCUAGGGAGGAUGGCCGCGUUGGAUCCUGAAAAACAGGUUCAUCUUGAGAAUGCAUUCGCGCGCUUUUCAAUCUGGACGUCCAAUAUUGGUGUUUUCGCGAAUAGCCACGCUUCUUUAGAUCAUCGCCUCCGCGGCGUGCCUAGCAUCGAGAGGCUAGUUGUCGGACUAAUGGAAGUAAUACACGGGCGCAUUGAACAAUGUUUAGAUGCUUUGAAGAUAAUCAACAACCCUUUGCUUGCGGAUGCCGACGGACAAGCGACUACGGCUUAUACAAGCGCAGUGGAGCCUAUGGCGCGUGAGAUAGCUUUGCUCCAUGAGCUAACCCGAACGAUUCGUCGAGAAAUCAGAAGGGCAGAAGACGUCGAAGAUGCAAUGCCUUCCAUACUCAUAGAUGAAAAUGGCGAUGAUAUAGAGGAAUUCUUAACAGAUCACUUUGCUGCGAACAUACAAUGUCAGUUUCCUGGUUUAUCCGAUAUUAUACGUCUACGACUUGCCAAGUCCAUGGUGCUUAGACGAAAACGGAUCAUAUACAAGAGGUUAUGUUACGCCAGAGACCCUAUCAAGACGACUCGGACUACCACUCAGCCGACUAUCCGGCCACCGAAUAGAAUGCAGGUCGAGCGCAAAGUCAUCAUGCCACAGCUAGGGUUGAUUACACCUCGUGCUUCUGGGCCCCAGUCUAGCGUGAAAAUUGGUACACCUUCAACUACAAAGCGCGUUCAAAUGCCUGCGCCUCUACCGUUCGAGUCCCAGUUGAAGAAUAUGGUACUGGAGUGCCAUGAAGAUUUUACCUUUCCUCCACCACCUUCACAUUUUCCCACGACCACUGAGGUGAUGUGUCCAUUCUGUUCAGUUCUGCUACCUAUCGAAGAAAUAACGGACGAGGAGAGAUGGAGGGACCAUGUUAAGACAAAUUUAGAUCCAUACAUCUGCCUAAAGGAGAGCUGUGACUGCCCUAGUGAGAUUUACAAGCACAGUGAUGACUGGCUCAAGCACACGCGCAAGCAUGUUUUGCGCUGGGUGUGUGCCUCCAGGGCUCACAAUGAGAUUUUGUUUGACACAAGAGAGGAUUACAUGUCUCAUUUGAAGUUGCAUCACAAAAAGGCCGUAACUGACGAUCAAAUUGAUGCGUUGGCUGAUAUAAGUUUGCAAUUGAUUGGUCCACUAUUCGAAGCAUGUCCCUUCUGCGGUACCGAAGAACAAGACGACAAGGAAAGCUUACAGGAACACAUUGCUGGCCAUCUCCAAUCUCUUGCACUCCGAUCGCUACCGCCACUUAAGAAUGGCAAUGAGGAAACAAAUGAUAUCACUGGAAGCGAUGAGAUGGAUUACGAAAUGAGUGCUGGAAAAGAAGCCAAUCCUCAGACCAAUAAUCAAGGUAUAACCGCCUUUCUAAAUCCAGCCUCAGUCUCUGUUCCAGAAGCUCGGCUAGCCAUCAAAUAUCAGUGUCAUUCUGGAAAAAAUACAGUUGCAGGCCCAGAGCUUUCACCUUCCCAGAAAACCCCUGGCCAAAAUAGCUUGAUUUACGUCGUGCAACAGCCUGAAGAUGUUGAUUACACCAUUGACAUACCGUUGGAAGAACCAUUUUCGCACUCAAAAAUAACUAACAUCAAAUGCCAAAUUGUAUACGAUCCAGGGAGCGAUGAUUGCAUUCUAAUCAAUCGCACAAGAGAUGAUUUAGUUUUAUUCAAGCACCAGCAUCCAGAGACUUUUCAUAUUUUGAGGAUCGAUGGAAUAUCUACUAUUCAGCCUGGGGUGUGGGGGAUUAAGCUACAUUCAGCUGAUAGUACCAUUGAAAACAGCUGUCCUGUCAAGAUUUGGCUACGUGAAAGACGAUACACAAUCGCCAUUGCUCAGCUAAAUGACGCAUUACGAAUUCAAGAAGUCGAAGAUGCCAAGAGGCAAACUAAGCGGCAAAAGCGUAAUGCCAACUCAACAACGGAUGUCGUUCGUCAUGCUUCCAGCUCGACAAUAGACUGGGAACUUGAUGCCAAGAACAACAACGCUGAUAGUAGCUUUUUUGACAUGCAGGAUGGGAAUUUUGCUACUAUCCAUGCUCCUUUAUCUACGACUGACUUUCAAAAAGGAUAUUCCCCGGCCAGGUAUAAGAUAAAGCGCAUCAACACAAUUUCUGAUGACUCAACAUCCAAAAUGUUCUGUUAUAAGUCUCCACGCGACUUAAUCAAGCUGUCAGAACUAUGGCAGCACGAGAAGAGUAUGCUCAGCAGAUUAAAUCAUCCAAAUAUUGUGUCACUCAAGGCUUUCGAUGGUCGUAUGCUUGCAUUAUUCUUCGAGUUUCUGCCUCCUUCUAUAGCUCAAGGUCGCGACUCCCCGUUCGUACCAUAUGACGUUUCUAGGAUACUCAAGACUAUUUCUUCAGCUCUCACAUACCUAAACGCCAACGGCAUUGUUCAUAACGACAUUAAACCGAGCAAUAUCGCAUAUUCCCCCGAUCGAGGUGCUGUAAUCUUUGACUUUGGGAACGCUUCAUUGUCCAAUGAAGCAAAAAUCUGCGGGUCACCAUGGUACAUGCCGCCUGAGCUAGUCCAUGAUUCAAGACGCUCUUCAGCUGGGGAUAUGUGGGCUUUUGGCAUCAUAAUGCUUUAUAUCCUUAAAAAGAUACAAUAUCCUGAGACUAUGGUGGCGAGUUGGAAUAUUUACGAGCUCAGACAAAGGGCCAGUAAGGCGUCAAAACAAAUGAAAACCUGGCUUAAUAUUAUUGGAAACGCCAGAAAUGAAUUAGAUAAAGCAAAUCCUACAGAAUACGUUACAUUUCAAAUGCUCGACGAGGAUCGGCAUUCGCGAAUAACGGCGGAGGGAAUCCAGUAUACCUUUGACUAUCUGCAAUAG